AUGGUAAAAGGGCCCAUAUUCUCCCACGGGUUCUCGAAGAAGGGAAGGUCCAGGCUAGCCGCUGCCGUGGUCUUCACGGGAGCGCGUGAGGACGGCGGCGGUUUAGGCUCUGCAGAUUGGCUGGAUAUGGAUCUGAUUAUUCCAUUUAAAAUUGGAGAUUUCGCAGAAGCAAGGUCCUUUGUUGCAGGUUUCACUGGUGCAUGGUUUCGCUGCAAGAUAAAUGAUAUCCGUGUCGUUGAAUCAGGGCGACUUGAGUAUUACUUGGAAUAUAUUGACUAUACAGAAGAAGCCAAGGAAUGGACUGAAGUCUUUCAAAACAACCCACGCGACCCAGCAUGCCAUCGAAGGAAAUCAAGAGCAAGUAGUCAUAUGAUGUUACGUCCUCCCUUUCCUCAGUGGUGCCAGGGGGAACAAAAUCCUGAGCACUUAUUAAACAGCAAGCUGAUAGCAAGUGCUAGGGAUACCUGGAAAGUAGGUGAUUGUGUUGAUUGGUUCUGUGAAGGGUGUUACUGGACUGCGAAAAUUAUUAGGUUGCUGAGUGAAGAUGAGGUUGAGGUACAGCUAUUGAAACCUCCACUUGGUGAAGGUGGGGUCCAUCGUGUUAACCCUAAGGACCUUAGGCCUGCACUUGAUUGGUCCAUGGUUGAUGGUUGGACUGUACCUCUUUCAAAGGCAAGGGGGAGAAGCUGGUAUGCAGUUUGUCUGAUUCAUCCUAAAUCUGAUAUAGAAGAGAACACAGAUGGAGAGAUGACAUCUGAUGACGAUGAAGAGGAAGGACAAAAUUCCUUGAGAAGAGCGUCGAAUGCCACUAACUGUGUAUCUAGGACAAGCAAUCCGAGGGAUACCAUCAUGACUUCCACAGAAAUAUUGAAACCAACCUCGGCAUCGAAAUCAGUUGGUAAUCAGCAAGGUACCUGCAGGUCCAGCAAACGACAGGCAUCGUCGAUGGAGCAUGUUCCUGGCACUGUCAAGGGUGCCAUGUCAGAACCCAACGGGCUAUCAAACGGAGCAGGAGCCCAACAGUAUGCCUUGCGAACCCGGAAGCACAUGAACAACAGGUCGAUAUAUCAGAAAUAAGCUUGCCACAUCGCACACCACACAAUAUCCUAUUGGAUCUUGGCCAUCACAGGAUACUGUGGUGCCUGCCACAUUGGCGGAUUGCGGCGCAUUAUCAUGGUGGCAUCUCCGAUGAGAGUGCCUGAUGUUCUGCAAAGAAGUUACAAGAAUGGUACUUUAGAGUUCCCUGAGCAGAACUUAAUACUACGCUACAGUGGUUAUUCCUGAGAUCCUUGGCACUUAUGGUCAGGCUGACUUGUCAUGUUAUCAUACUCGUGUGUCUGGCUGAGAUCAGAUAUUUAUGUUGCAACACAAACUGAGGUGUCCUGGGACAAAGUUGGAAAGAGAUCAGUAGACGCCUGGAUUUCCUGCAAUGAUUAUGGAGAUAUUGCGAUUGAAGCUCAUCUUCUGGUACGAUUUGGUGAGGUAAUUGGUGCAAUCCAUGCAGUUAUUGAUA